CCACUCAUUAAAACCCCAACUGCACUACCAAGUCAUCUACUCACCUCGCGAACACACAAUCAUAGAAACAAAUUAUGAAUCCUAUAGGAAGGUUUUUGAGUACAUUGUUUCUCUUCCUUGUUUUUCCUUCUUGCUUAUCUAUUGACAUCAUAGCUCCAAACCAUUCAAUCAAAGAUGGAGAUGUUCUGGUCUCUAGCGGACAAAGCUAUGAACUCGGGUUCUUUGGCUCAGGCAUCGAUUCUACUCGUCGUUAUGUGGGAAUUUGGUACCGUAAGGUUUCAGAACGAACUGUUGUAUGGGUGGCAAAUAGAGAUAAUCCUAUCAAUAGUACCUCCGGAGUCCUAGCUAUCAACAAACAAGGUAACCUUGUAAUUUAUGAAAAUAACCGAAGUAGUGUUCCUGUUUGGUCUACAAAUGUUCCAGCCUCAAUAUCAAUGACAAAUUGCACGGCUCAGCUCCUGGAUUCAGGAAACUUGGUCUUGGUUCAACGGGAUAGCAAAGGGGUCUUGUGGCAGAGUUUUGAUCAUGGUACAGAUACUCUGCUUGCUGGUAUGAAGCUUGGGCUGGACCUGAAAAUCGGUUUGAACCGGUCUCUGUCAUCUUGGAAGUCCAAAGAUGACCCGGGAACCGGAACCAUUCUCUAUGGUAUUGAUCCAAGUGGGUUUCCCCAGUUGUUCCUAUACAAGGGUCAAACCCGAUGGUGGCGUGGCGGGCCAUGGACUGGACUAAGAUGGAGCGGAGUACCCGAAAUGACCCCUACCUACAUCUUCAAUGUUACUUUCGUUAACAGCGUUGAUGAGGUAUCUAUAUUCUAUACUAUGAGUAAUCCCUCCAUCAUUUCUAGAAUGGUGGUGAACGAAUCAGGAAUAGUGCAGCGGCUGUCGUGGAACGAUCGUGAUCAACAAUGGAUCGGAAUUUGGUCCGCCCCAAAAGAACCAUGUGACACCUAUGGCCAAUGUGGUCCAAACAGUAACUGUGACCCAUAUCAAGCAAAUGAUUUCAUAUGCAAAUGUCUACCCGGAUUCGAACCCAAGUCACCCCAAGAAUGGUACCUAAGAGACGGGUCAGGAGGUUGUGUCAGGAAACCUAACGUGUCCACAUGUCGCAGCGGAGAAGGUUUCGUCAAGGUGGCUCGAGUGAAGGUGCCAGAUACAUCAAUGGCGAGAGCGAACACGAGUUCGAGAUUGAAAGAAUGUGAGCAAGAGUGCUUGAGGAAUUGUUCUUGUACAGCUUAUGCUAGUGCUGACGAGAGAGGACUUGGAUGCUUGAGAUGGUAUGGUGAUCUGGUGGAUACAAGAACGUUUUCAGAUGUGGGGCAAGAGAUUUACAUCCGCGUGGAUAGAGCUGAACUAGCUAAAUAUGAAAAGUCAGGACCUCUUGCCAAUAAAGGAAAACAAGCAAUCCUGAUAGUGUCUGUUGGUGUGACAUUGUUUCUGAUCAUCUUCCUUGUGUGUUGGCUUGUAAAGAAAAGGAGAGAAGCCAGGGACAGGACAAGAAGAAACGAAUUUCCGCUAUCAUUAACUUCAACGUCAAAUUGCUGGAGAGACUUACCAAUUAAGGAAUUUGAGAAAGGUACAAGUAGUUCAGAUUUACCACUUUUUGAUCUUAGUGUCAUAGCUGCGGCAACAAAUAAUUUCUCAGGUGCCAACAAGCUUGGAGAGGGUGGUUUUGGCUCAGUGUAUAAGGGUCUGCUUCAUGAUGGAAAGGAAAUUGCGGUCAAAAGACUAGCAAAGUAUUCUGGACAAGGGAUUAAUGAGUUCAGAACUGAAGUCGAGCUCAUUGCAAAACUUCAGCACAGGAAUCUUGUAAGGAUAUUAGGUUGUUGCAUCCAAGGAAGAGAGAAGAUGUUGAUCUAUGAAUACUUGCCAAAUAAAAGUUUGGACUCUUUUAUUUUCAAUGAACCAAGAAGGUCACAGCUAGAUUGGUCUACUCGCUACAACAUUAUUUGUGGGAUUGCUCGAGGAAUUUUGUAUCUUCAUCAGGACUCCAGAUUACGAAUCAUCCACAGAGAUCUUAAGGCAAGCAAUGUUCUACUAGAUGCCUCAAUGAACCCAAAAAUUUCAGAUUUCGGCAUGGCUAGAAUAUUUGGAGUAGACCAAAUUGAAGCCAACACAAACCGUGUUGUUGGAACCCACUUAGAUCCCGGUCCAGAAUAUGCAAUGCAAGGCCUAUUUUCAGUAAAAUCUGAUGUAUAUAGUUUCGGGGUUUUGCUAUUAGAGGUCAUCACUGGGAGAAAAAACAGCCAUUUUUAUGAUGAAAGUAACUCUUCGAACUUGAUUGGACAUGUUUGGGAUCUAUGGAGAGAAGGCAAGGCCCUGGAAGUUGUGGAUACAUUAAUGGGCGACUCAUGUCCUGAAGAUCAAGUCAUAAGGUGCAUCCAAAUUGGUCUUUUAUGUGUGCAAGAAUCUGCAAUGGACCGACCAUCAAUGUCUAAUGUUGUUUUCAUGUUGAGUAAUGACACAACUCUUCCAUCUCCUAAGCAACCUGCGUUUAUUCUGAAGAAGAGUUACAAUAGUGGAGAUCCAUCAACUAGUGAAGGAUCGCAUUCUAUAAAUGAAGUGACUAUCACCAUGCUUGGACCCCGGUAGAGGCUUACAUAUAUCAGACGUGUUGUAUUCAUACAUUAAUUGUAUGUUUAAUAUUGUAAUAAUUUUUUAUGAUUAUAGUUUAAAAUAUUAGGUUUA